AUAAUGUGAUGUGAAGAGUGAAGUUAGGCUUAAAAGAAGCUGUCGCGAGUCAUGAUUGUCAACAUAACCAAUUUUCAUAAAAGAAGUUCCUAAAUAACGUGUUGCAUAGAGGUGAAUUUUGAAAAAUUUUGUUGCCAAAGCAUCACUUUUUAAAAUUUAUAACGACUUAUUCGCACCUGUCAGCCUAAAUAUUUGACUAAGCUCAUUUUUACACUUGGAAGACGUAGAAAAAUGAGUUCAAUUAAUAUUGAUUCAGUCACAUCAGCUUUACAGAAUACCAGAGUCAGUCCAACCGGAGUAACAUUUGCCGGAAAGUCUCUCAAACUAGAUACAGAGGAAGAUGCCAAACAAGUUCUCGAGGAAAUUACAAAAUGUUCCAGUCUGCAGUAUCUUAAUCUGGAAGGCAAUACCCUCGGUGUUGAUGCAUCAAGGGCUAUAGCCAAAGCUAUAGAAAAGCAUCCGGAGUUCAAGAGAGCCCUAUGGAAAGAUAUGUUUACAGGCCGAAUGAAAACUGAAAUACCUAAAGCUUUGAAAUAUCUGGGUGAAGGUUUGGUUGCUGCAGGAGCCCGACUGACUGAACUCGAUCUCAGCGACAAUGCUUUUGGCCCCAUUGGUGUCGAAGGUUUAGCUUCUUUACUUCGAAGUUCUUCAUGUUAUGCUCUUGAAGAAUUGAAAUUGAAUAAUAAUGGACUUGGAAUAACCGGUGGAAAAUUAUUGGCUUCUGCAUUAACGGACUGUUACAACUGCAGUAAAAAAGAUGGCAAACCAUUGGCACUGAAAGUUUUUAUCGCUGGAAGAAAUCGUCUGGAGAACGAGGGUGCUAAGGCUUUAGCUUCAGUUUUUAAAAUGAUCGGUACAUUAGAAGAAAUAGCAAUGCCUCAAAAUGGUAUAUACCAUCCAGGUAUAUCAGCAUUAUCAGAUGCUUUCACUCACAAUACGAACCUGCAAGUUCUGAAUCUGAAUGACAACACGAUUGGACCUAAAGGCGCUGCUGCCAUUGCCUCUGCUCUACCGAACCUUCAAAACUUGAGGGAGAUCAAUUUUGGGGACUGUCUGUUGAAAACUAAGGGGGCGGUGCUGCUAGCAGAUGCUUUGAAAAAUGCUCAUUCCAAAUUGGAGGAGUUGACUCUUGGUUUUAACGAAAUUAAGAGACAAGGAGCUUUAAGGAUUGUAGAAUCUAUGGCCAAUAAAAAUAAAUUGAAAAGUUUGAUACUUGACGGGAAUCAGUUUGGGGAAGAUGGUAAGGAGGAGAUCAAGAGAAAGUUGAAGGAAAUAGGCAAACUUCAUAUAUUGGGUAGUUUGGAAGAUAAUGAAUCUGAAGACAGCGAAACUGAUGAUAUAAAUAUGAAACCCGAAGUGGCAGAUUCUGCUUUGAAGUGUUCGGAAUCGUUAUACAAAGAUCUGUUUUCAUGGGCACAGAAAACUGAAAAAACUUCUUUGGUGAAUAACGCUAUUUUGGUGAAUUUGGGGUUGAUUAAGAGUGAAGAUAAGAAGGCCAAAGUUACCUGGAAUUUGGAAGGUUGCCUUUAUGCCCUCAAAUACAUAGCAAAUAAAAAUUAUGUUCCUGACAGUACAAAAGAUUCCCUCAAAGUCUUCAUUGAAAGGGACAUUCAAGGCAACAAAGACAAUUUAGAGUUGAAAAAACAAAUCGUAGCGUCUUUGAUUGUAUGAAUGUUGUUCAUGUAUUAUUAUAAAUUAUAUGCUUUCUGUUUAUACUA